AUGAACACUGUCAGUAGUGCAACGCCUAGUACACGUACAGGCCGACACGACACAUCAGCUGGUACUAACAUUGGCACAAACGAUACUACAACUAGUGAGCACAGUGCAGAAAAGCAGUCGAACAGCAAUGUAAGCGGUGGCAAUCAUACACAAACACAGGCACCCGCACGGGGUGCGAGAAGUAGUAGGAACAAAACUGAUGAGACUAAAAGGAAUGGGAAUGGGAGUGGUGGUAGUGGCCGUGGGUCCAACAGACAUGCCCCAAGGGAAGGCACUGAGUCUCGCAAG